AUGGCUUCAGCAGAUAAAACUUUGGCCUUCAUAGGCCUAGGUGUAAUGGGAUAUCCCAUGGCAUUGAACCUUCGGAAAGGUCUCGAUUCUUCAUACACAUUACUUGUCUGUGAUGUGGUCCCAGAAGCUAUCUCGAAGUUCCAGGAAGACUCAGAAGGCCAUGGGCCAGUGCGAGUGGUCAAGAGUGGAUACGAAGCGGUGCAGAACUCCAACAUUGUGAUUACAAUGCUUCCAGGGUCUGACGCGGUAAAGCAGGUGUAUCUCAAUGGUUCAGACGGGGUCCUUGCAGGCGUGGAAGCAUUAUACAAAGAAUCCUCUACACUUGAGAAGAAGAUAAUAAUGGAAUGUGGAACCAUCGAAACUUCGACGAUCUUGGAGGUUGCAAAAGCUACUUCGAUAUCGAGCGCUUCCUCCAAGUUAGCCUUCGUGGAUGCUCCUGUAUCAGGUGGCCCAAUGGGUGCGCAAGAUGGGACAUUGACGUUCAUGGUCGGUACAAAUGACAAGGAUGUCUUCCCCACCGUGAAAAAUACAUUGGCACAUAUGGGAAAGGCAGACAGCGUCUUCCUGUGCGGAGACGUGGGUGCUGGUACGGCGUUCAAAGUCAUCAACAACUAUCUUUCUGCGAUUACGUCUUUAGCGGCGUCCGAGGCUUUGAAUAUUGGCGCGAAGAUGAACCUGGAUCUGUCAUUGUUAACUGAUGUUAUCAAUGUAAGUGGAGGGCAAUGCUGGGUCACAAGUAAGAGCAAUCCUGUUCCGGGCAUCCAACCCAAUGUGCCCAGUUCAAGAGGGUACGAAGGUGGUUUCAGAAUUGAAUUAUGUCGAAAGGUUCUCCAGAUGGGAAGUGACCUAGCCGAAAUGGUAGGCGCAAGGACUAUAUUGGACAAGCCCACCCUAGAGGCAUUCGAUGAAGCAAAGAACGAUGAGAGGUACCGGGGCAAGGAUGCCAGAGUGGUGUACAAAUGGUUGAAUGAAAGUGAAAGGAGAUAAAUAUCUCAGUAUCGCGUUCAGCGUCGGCAAAGAUAAUCAAAAUCGACAUUUACAGUACCCAUCACUAGCGACCCUCCCCGUGACCUGUGAAGAUAUGCAGCUCAUUUGACCUGCGCCCAGAAAUAAUUCGAAAGAAAUAGGUUAUCGAAGGCAAUUAAUUUGCAACAUUCGCUCGUUGCAUUGUGUAAUAUUUAGCAUAUUGUAGUCACCAUCAUCAAGUUUCGUAUUUGGUGAAUCUCAACUCGCGACAGUACCUCGUAACCAACAGCCUCGUACUCGUAGGGGUGACAGUUCGUGAUGGACGUUCAAGCCAACAAC